CCAUCCCCUUUUCCACGUCGGUCGCAAGGAUAAGAUUGAAGAGUCCGAAAAUCCGAUAGCAAGCGAAAGGAGGCGAAAAUCGGGGGGGCGAUGGCAACCGCGGAGGGCUACGACCGGCUCGCGGUGCUGAAGGAAUUUGACGAGUCCAAGACCGGCGUCCGCGGCCUCGUCGAGUCCGGCGUCACCACCAUCCCCCCAAUCUUCCGCCACCCCGACCUCCACCCCUCCGACGCCAGCCCCGACCUCUCCAUCCCCACCAUCGACCUCUCCCUCCCCCGCCCCCUCGCCGUCGAUCUCAUCCGCGCCGCCUCUCGCGACUGGGGCUUCUUCCAGAUCACCAACCACGGCGUCCCCCUCCCGGUCCUCGACCGGACCAUCUCCGCCGUCCGAUCCUUCCACGAGCUUCCCCCCGCGGAGCGAUCGAAGCACUACUCCCGCUCCACGGACGGCGGCGUGUCCUACUCCUCGAACGUGGACCUCUACCGCUCGUCGGCGGCGAGCUGGCGGGACACAAUCCAGGUGAUGAUGGGCCCGGCCCGGGCGGAGCCGGACCGGAUCCCGGCGGUGUGCCGGGCGGAGCUGGUGGCGUGGGACGAGCACGUGACCGGGGUGGGGCGGGCGUUGAUGGGGAUGAUGGCGGAGGGGCUCGGGUUGGGGCCGGGGCGGCUCGAGGAGAUGACGUGUCUCGAGGGGAGGACCAUGGUGUGCCACUACUAUCCGCCCUGCCCCGAGCCGGAUCUGACGGUGGGGAUCGCGGAUCACACUGAUCCCGCGGUUUUGACGGUGCUGAUACAGGAUCAUAUCGGUGGUUUGCAGGUCAAGAGGAAGGGGGAGCCUGGGGAGGCCUAUUGGGUGGACGUGAAGCCUCUGCCCGGGGCUCUGGUGAUCAACGUCGGAGAUCUUUUACAGCAGAUGAUCUCCAAUGAUGAAUAUAACAGUGUGGAACAUCGGGUGGUGGCCAAUUCUCAUCAAGAAGCAAGGGUUUCAAUUGGCGUCUUCUUCAACCCUGGGAAGAGGGGGGAAUCUGAUUUUUAUGGGCCCUUACAGGAGCUGGUGUCUCCAGAAAAACCAGCAUGUUAUCGAAAUUUCACAAUAUCUGAGUUCAUGGGAACCUUCUUCAGUAAACAACUAGCUAGUAAAUCCUUGAUUGACCACUUUAAGUUAUAGAUAGAUGUGUGGCCCAUGAGGAAAUGUACUUAAAUAGCCAUGCCUUUGGUUCAAAAAGGGUAGAAUGUGUCAUGUAACUUCUGAAAUGGAUUCCUCUUUACUACUAGAGAGUGGCACAAACAAAUAUAGUAUGUUUCUAUUGGGUUUCCUGUACAUGCUAUCUUCAAUAUCUAUCAUGCUUCUGUUGGUUUCCUGUA